CUUUCUGCAUUGUUAUUUUUUAAGUUAAGGAAUAUUCAUCACAAAUGACCGUAAGUUCACAUAUGGAAGAUGCAUCUCCUAUCAAAAGAGUAGAGGACAAGUGGAAGUUGGUUCCAGCUUUUUUGAAGGUGAAAGGACUUGUAAAACAACACAUAGAUUCUUUUAACUAUUUUAUUAAUACAGAGAUAAAAGACAUAGUAAAAGCUAACGAAAGAGUUCAAACAGAUGCUGAUCCUGUUUGGUACCUUAAAUAUUUAGAUGUUCAUGUUGGUGCUCCAGAUGUAGAAGAAUCUUUUAAUGUUUCUCGUCCUGUAGCACCACAUGAGUGCCGAUUGCGUGAUCUAACUUAUUCUGCUCCAAUCACUGUUGAUAUAGAGUACACAAGAGGAAAUCAGAGAGUCGUAAGAAACAGUUUACCAAUUGGGAGAAUGCCAAUCAUGCUGCGUAGCUCAAACUGCGUACUUGCAGGCAAAAAUGAAAUAGAGUUAGCCAAGUUAAACGAAUGUCCUAUUGAUCCAGGUGGAUAUUUUGUUGUUCGUGGCUCUGAAAAAGUUCUUCUUAUUCAGGAGCAGCUGUCAAAAAAUAGAAUGAUUGUUGAACUUGAUACCAAGAAUCAUCAAGUGAGUUGCUCAGUUACAAGUGCAACACAUGAAGUGAAAAGUAGAACAGCUGUCAUACAAAAGCAUGGAAAGUUUUAUUUGAAGCACAACUCAUUUACUGAGGAUGUUCCACUCUGUACCAUUUUCAAGGCGAUGGGUAUUGAGUCGGAUCAAGAAAUUGUUCAAAUGAUUGGUAUUGAGGAGGAAGUGCUUAAUUAUUUUGCUGCAUCAAUUGAGGAAGCAAGCAUGCUACAAAUAUAUACCAAAAAUCAGGCUUUAAAUUUGUUAUCUAGUAAAAUUAAACAAAGACAAAUGUGGGGUCAGCAAAUGUCUAAAAUGGAUGAAUGCAAACAAUUGCUUUUCAAAACAUUACUGGCUCAUGUACCUAUAACAAAAACAAACUGUCGUCCAAAAGCUGCAUAUCUUGCUUUGAUGGUUCGAAGAAUUAUUCUUGCUGUAAAGGGUGUUAUUAAAAUUGAUGAUAAAGAUUAUUAUGGCAACAAGCGUCUAGAGUUAGCUGGUCAGUUGGUUUCUUUACUUUUUGAAGAUUUGUUCAAACGAUUUAAUAUGGAGCUGAAGAAAAUUGCAGAUGUUACAAUUCCAAAACCUAGAGCAGCUCAGUUCGACAUUGUAAAACAUAUGAGACAAGACUUGAUUUCUAAUGGACUUAUAAAUGCUAUAUCGACAGGAAAUUGGAUUAUUAAGCGAUUUAAUAUGCACAGAGUGGGCGUAUCUCAAGUACUUUCUCGUCUGUCUUACAUUUCUGCUCUAGGAAUGAUGACAAGAGUAACCAGUCAAUUUGAAAAAACUCGUAAAGUAAGUGGACCACGCUCAUUGCAACCAUCUCAAUGGGGAAUUUUGUGUCCAUCUGAUACACCUGAAGGAGAAGGAUGUGGUUUAGUAAAAAAUCUUGCAUUAAUGACUCAUGUUACAACAGAUCAAGUCCAAUACCCAAUUAGACGCUUAUUAUGCAAUCUUGGAGUUGAGGAUAUUAAUCUUUUAUCUGGCGAAGAAUUUAGUUCUCCAUUGGUUCAUUUGGUUUUUUUAGAUGGUAACAUUAUUGGUUUAAUUCGUCACCAUCGUCGUUUGAUCAAAACAUUUCGAUUAAUGAGAAGAGCUGGUUAUAUCAAUGAAUUUGUUUCUAUUUACCCAAGUCAUUCUCACAGAUGUGUGUAUAUUUCAUCAGACGGUGGACGAAUGUGCAGGCCUUAUAUCAUUGUUAAAAAGGGACGUCCUUGUGUAACCCAGCAGCAUAUUACAGAGUUAUCAAAUGGAACAAGAACAUUUGAAGAUUUCUUGCACCAAGGGCUUAUAGAAUAUUUGGAUGUGAAUGAGCUUAAUGAUUCUGAAAUAGCACUGUAUGAGGAAGGGUGUACAAAAGACACAACACAUAUGGAGAUUGAACCUUUCACACUACUUGGUGUAUGUGUUGGACUAGUGCCGUAUCCUCAUCACAAUCAAUCACCUAGAAAUACUUACCAAUGUGCUAUGGGGAAACAAGCCAUGGGUACUAUUGGUUACAAUCAGAGAAAUAGAAUUGAUACUCUAAUGUACUUGCUUGUUUAUCCACACCAACCAAUGGUAAAAUCCAAGACUUUAGACAUAAUUCAGUUUGAGAAAUUACCUGCUGGUCAGAAUGCAACAGUAGCUGUCAUGAGUUAUAGUGGUUAUGACAUAGAGGAUGCUUUGAUCAUCAAUAAAUCUUCAUUAGAUAGAGGUUUUGGCAGGUGUCUGGUGUAUAAAAAACAAGUAUGCAAUUUAAAAAGAUAUGCUAACCAGACAUUUGACAGAGUAAUGGGGCCUAGUCGUGAUGCAAAAACCGGUGAAAUCAUUUGGAAACAUAAAGUUUUAGACACAGAUGGAAUAUGUCGAGCUGGUGAGCAGGUUUUAGAUAAACAAGUUCUUGUAAACAAGUCAAUGCCAACCAUUACAAAUCAAUUAACACAAACAACUGCAGGUCAGCUCAAUACAACAGACUACAAAGAUGUACCAACAUCCUAUCAUGGUCCAAUUCCUUCAUAUGUUGAAAAAGUUCUAAUUAGUUCAACAAUGGAAGAUGCAUUUUUAAUUAAGAUGCUUAUGAGACAAACAAGAAGACCAGAAAUUGGAGAUAAGUUUAGUAGUAGACAUGGACAGAAAGGAGUUUGCGGUUUAAUUGUAAAUCAAGAAGACAUGCCUUUUACUGACCUGGGUAUAUGCCCAGAUAUAAUCAUGAAUCCUCAUGGUUUUCCCUCAAGAAUGACAGUUGGUAAACUUAUAGAAUUGCUUGCUGGGAAAGCAGGUGUCAUGGAAGGAAAGUUUCAUUAUGGAACAGCAUUUGGUGGAAGUAAAGUUGUUGAUGUUUGUGAAACUCUUGUAAAUCAUGGUUUCAACUAUGCUGGAAAAGAUUUUUUAACCUCUGGUAUCAAUGGGGAACCAUUGUCUGCUUAUAUUUACAUGGGUCCAGUGUACUACCAAAAAUUAAAACACAUGGUUUUGGAUAAAAUGCAUGCUAGAGCCAAAGGACCACGGGCUGUACUAACACGCCAACCAACAGAAGGUCGCUCUAGAGAUGGUGGCUUACGGUUAGGUGAAAUGGAAAGAGACUGUUUAAUUGGUUAUGGAGCUAGCAUGUUAAUUGUAGAAAGACUAAUGAUUUCUAGUGAUGCUUUUGAAAUUGAUGUUUGUAGUAAAUGUGGCUUAAUUGGUUAUUCAGGCUGGUGUCACUAUUGUCAAUCGUCUCAUCACAUAUCAACUAUUAAAAUACCUUAUGCCUGCAAGCUUUUAUUUCAAGAGCUACAAGCAAUGAAUAUAGUUCCUCGCAUAUCCUUAGAGAAAUAUCUUUCUUGAUUUCAUUUUUUUAAUGUAUUUUGUUUUUGUAAAAAAUAUUUAUGUAAAAUAUAUUUUUCUUAAAACUUC